GUGCCGAGUCUUUUGGGUUGUUCUCCUGCAUGAUCAAUGGGGAGGAACAGGAGCAGACCCACCGUGCUGUCUUUAGGUUUGUGCCUCGCCACGCGGAUGAGCUGGAGCUGGAGGUGGACGAUCCUUUGCUGGUGGAGGUGCAGGCAGAAGAUUAUUGGUAUGAGGCCUACAACAUGCGGACGGGUGACCGGGGCAUUUUUCCUGCCUACUAUGCUAUCGAAGUCACCAAGGACCCAGACCACGUAACAGCUCUGGCCAAGAGCAGCGACUGGGUGGACCAGUUUCGGGUGAAGUUCCUUGGCUCGGUGCAGGUUCCCUAUCACAAGGGCAACGACGUGCUGUGCGCAGCCAUGCAGAAGAUUGCCACCACGCGCCGCCUCACUGUGCACUUUAACCCACCCUCCAGCUGCGUCCUGGAGAUCAGUGUGCGUGGGGUCAAGAUUGCCGUGAAAGCCGAUGACUCCAAGGAGCACAGCAAGGUAAACAAGUGUAGCCAUUUUUUCCAGCUGAAGAACAUUUCCUUUUGUGGGUACCAUCCAAAGAACAACAAAUAUUUUGGGUUCAUCACCAAGCACCCUGCUGACCACAGAUUUGCCUGUCAUGUCUUCGUCUCGGAGGAGUCCACGAAGCCACUGGCGGAGUCUGUAGGGAGGGCUUUUCAGCAAUUCUACAAGGAGUAUGUGGAGUACACGUGCCCCACAGAGGACAUCUACCUGGAAUAGGGGCUGGCACAGGCACCUCCUGCACAGCCAGGGCUGCGAUCUCGCCCCUUCCCCGUGUCGUGCAUGGACAAGAGCUGCUUUGAGCCUGGAGGAGGAGCAGGCCUGGGGCAGGGCUCCCCGGGGCAUGGAGUGCCACCUCUUUUCAUGACUCCCCUUCCUCGGGCUGGGGAUGGGACGGGAUGGGGGGAGGGCUGGACAAAUUGUGUUUAUUGUACAAAAUACUCUUAGUUUAUUCUAUUGGAGAAGCACCCGCUGGGUGCCCUGCCUGUGAGCAGCGGAGGGGUGGGCAGUAGUCUGCUCAGGCCCUUUCCUGCUGCAGGCUGGGGUGACAGCAUCUCCUCCUUGUGACCAUGGCCCAGCGUCCCGUCACAUCCCUCUGGGGUGACUUUUAAUGCAGUGGCAGAGUCGGACUCUCGCAGUAUGAAGACACAGCAGCUACA